CCAUCCACCUUCAUAUCCAAGAAGAACAAAAAAAAACCCCAUCGAUUUCUCUGUUCCGUUUCAUAUUUCCUUUCUUUCAUUUCCAGCAAUUCAAAGAAAAUUUGAAACAGUGAUCUCAUUUCUUUGUAGCGAAAAUCUUCUCUUUUUUAUUUCCACUGCUUUUGAACCCUUGUUCACCGGCAAAAGAGAAGCCAUGUACAGAUUGGAGAAAACAGUGUACAGGCAGGAGAAAGACAACCCAUCUUUUUCAUCUACUCUGCUUGACAAAAUCUACCGUUCCAUCGAUGAUGGUGACACCAGGAAUGUUGAUUUGAAAUUCUACAGGGAAACAAUGCAAAAGAAACAAAGCAAAGCUAGCGUGAGAUGCAAUGGAAGCAGAGUAGAAGAGGAAGAUGAAGAAAUGUCGAGUUUCCAACGAGCUCGUUUGAUCGAGAAAUGGAUGGAAAAGAAGGUCACUGAAAAGGCAAAUGCAGGCCGGAAACAGGUUUCACAUCAUGAUUAUGAUCAUGAUCAUGAUGUUCUUUUCUUUAGCUCCACUUCCACCUCAUCCGAUUCCAGUUCCGGUGGUUUCUCAUCGUCGGACACUGAAUCUAUGUAUGUUUCAAAAUCGAAGUCAUCAUGUUUUGUAAGAUCGAGGCCUAAACCAGUAAGGACCACAAUGUCAGCUCGGUCGGAGAAACCACUUAAAACAGAGAAAACAGGGAGAACAGAGAGGGCUUUGUUUUACGAACAAAGGGAGUCGCAUUUGCUCGAUGAUUAUCAUUACAAUUCCGCCUCCGACUACACACCAAAGCUCGAAGAAAGUCUUUUCAAGUCAAAAUCAAGAGCCACUAAAAUUUACGGCAAUUUAAAGAAGGUGAAACAACCCAUUUCACCUGGCGGCCGUCUAGCGAGUUUCAUCAAUUCUCUGUUCACAACAAGUAAUACAAAGAAAGCAAGGGGUCCGUCUUCGAUGUUAAGUUGUGAUGAUGAAAGGAAAUUGAAGUCUGGACAGGUUUCAACCUGUUCUUCAGCUUCCUCGUUUUCAAGAUCAUGUCUAAGCAAGAACUCACCUUCGACGAGAGAAAGGUUACGAAAUGGAGUCAAAAGAAGUGUUAGAUUUUGCCCAGUGAGUGUAAUUGUCGACGAAGACUGCAGACCCUGUGGGCAAAAAUGCUUAUACGAAGAACAAGACUCGAGUUCAGUGUCGGUUGCUGUCCCUACCGUAUGGAAAAUUAGGAAAUCGCCAUCGGGGAAGCUCGACGAAGAGCUAAAGUUACAAGCAAUGGAGAAAAGUAGGCGAGUAGAAGAAAUGGCUACUAAGUUUUUAAAAGAAUAUCAUCUAAACCAAAUGAAGGACUUUAUUUCAAGGGACAAUCACAGUAAUUAUGUGAUGGAGGAGAUGGAGGAAGAUGAAGAUGAUGCAGCAAGCUAUUCGAGUUCGGAUUUGUUCGAGUUGGAUCAUCUUGUUCUUAUUGGUAAUGAUAGGUAUCGAGAAGAGCUUCCAGUGUAUGAAACUACUCAUGUAGAAACAAAUCGAGCCAUUGCUAAUGGCUUGAUAGCAUAGUUAAUUUUUCACUUUUCUUUUUUUGUUAUUUUGGUUAUAGUAAUGACAAGGCUUUAUGCAUUAUUCUAUGGCCAAUUUUAGUGUAAAUAUCAUUCCAAUGGAUUUCACUUUCAUUUUUUGGGUAACAUGUAUCAUUUUAGCAAA